UCGGUUCAUCGAUAGACACAUUACUCACCGCGGAAAACGUGAACGAAAAGCAGCUUGCCGCCUGUCUGCUAGGAACUUUUAUUAUUUAAACCUGUCUUACGUCGAAACGGCAAAGCCCAUCACACAAAUAUGCAACCACAAAUCGUGCUGCUGAAGGAAGGCACUGAUACGUCGCAGGGCAAGCCGCAACUGGUGUCCAACAUCAAUGCCUGUCAGUCGAUCGUGGACGCGGUGCGUACCACUCUGGGACCCCGCGGAAUGGACAAGCUGAUUGUGGAUGCCCAUGGCAAGGCUACGAUUUCCAAUGAUGGAGCAACCAUCAUGAAGCUGCUGGAGAUUAUCCACCCGGCAGCCAAGACCCUGGUGGACAUUGCCAAGUCACAAGACGCCGAGGUUGGAGAUGGUACCACAUCCGUGGUUUUAUUGGCCGGAGAGUUCCUUAAACAGGUUAAACCCUUCGUGGAGGAGGGCGUUCACCCGCGUGUUAUUAUCAAGGCUAUACGCAAGGCUCUGCAGCUGUGCAUGGAGAAGAUCAACGACAUGGCCGUGCAGAUUGUCGAACAGUCCAAGGAGGACCAGCGUGCUCUUCUUGAGAAGUGCGCAGCGACUGCCAUGUCCUCGAAGCUGAUUCACCAGCAGAAGGAUUUCUUCUCCCGCAUAGUGGUAGAUGCUGUGCUUUCGCUGGAUGAACUGCUGCCCCUGAACAUGAUUGGUAUCAAGAAGGUAACCGGUGGUUCGCUCGAGGAGUCGCAGCUGGUUUCGGGUGUGGCUUUCAAGAAGACGUUCUCAUAUGCCGGCUUCGAAAUGGCCCCCAAAUCCUAUGAUAAGUGCAAGAUUGCCCUGCUUAACAUCGAACUGGAGCUGAAGGCAGAGCGCGACAAUGCCGAGAUUCGCGUAGACAACGUGAAGGAGUACCAGAAGGUGGUGGACGCCGAGUGGCAGAUUCUCUACAACAAGCUGGCCAAAAUCCACGAGUCCGGUGCCAAUGUUGUGCUCUCCAAGCUGCCCAUCGGCGAUGUGGCCACACAGUAUUUCGCUGACCGCAACAUAUUCUGUGCCGGUCGCGUUCCUGAUGAGGAUCUCAAGCGUACCUUGAAGGCCUGUGGCGGAGCCGUCAUGACAACAGCCAACGACAUCAAACCCAGCGUCCUGGGACUGUGCGAGCAUUUCGAGGAGCGCCAGGUGGGCGGCGAACGUUUCAACUUGUUCCAAGGUUGCCCCAACGCCAAGACGAGCACCCUUAUCCUGCGUGGCGGUGCCGAGCAGUUCCUGGAGGAAACCGAACGCUCAUUGCACGAUGCUAUCAUGAUCGUACGCCGCACCAUCAAGCACGAUUCCGUGGUGGCUGGAGGCGGUGCCAUCGAAAUGGAGCUAUCCAAGCUGCUUCGAGACUACUCACGUACCAUUGCCGGUAAGGAGCAGCUGCUUAUCGCCGCCAUCGCCAAGGGCUUGGAGGUCAUUCCACGCCAGCUGUGCGACAACGCUGGAUUCGAUGCCACCAACAUUCUCAACAAGCUGCGCCAGAAGCACGCCCAGGGAGGACAGUGGUUCGGCGUUGACAUCAACAAGGAAGAUAUCUCGGACAAUUACGAACAGUGCGUUUGGGAACCAUCGAUCAUCAAGAUCAACGCCCUGACAGCGGCCGCGGAGGCAGCCUGCAUGGUCCUUUCCGUUGAUGAGACAAUAAAGAGUCCCAAGGCCGGUGAGCCCCCGAUGGCGGGCGGCGGCAUGGGAAUGGGUCGCGGCAUGGGCAGGCCCAUGUAGAUAUCAUUCAGAAAUCCAGAGAACUCCCCAAAUCAUCAAACCCACAUUUUCGCAUUUCUCUCCUAAUUUAACACGUACACGUAUUACUCGGUCAUACCUUCGCAUUUUGCACGCUUCGAAGCAAGAACAACAGCAGCAACAAUAAUCCACUGACCUAUCUGUAUAUGUUUAAUAAUAAAAACAAAAUUAAAAACAAUA